AUGUCUACAAGUCCGACCUCGGACCCUGAGAAGAAGGUGGAAGUCUUCGACGAAGAUGAUGCCGUACUCGCGCAGCUGGGAUAUACCCAGGAGCUGAAGCGUAGCUUUGGUCUGGUUGGCAUGGUUGGCUUCUCCUUCAGUAUCGUCACUUCUUGGACUGCACUGAGUGGCGUGCUCAUCAUUGGCGUCGAGACUGGUGGGCCACCAGUCAUGAUCUGGGGUUGGCUGGCGGUCUGCCUCUUCACAUUGUCUGUCGCAUACUCAAUGGCUGAGAUGUGUAGUGCGUACCCGCUCGCCGGUGGACAGUACAGCUGGGUAGCAAUUCUCGCACCAACAAGCUGGGCAAGAGGCUUCAGCUAUAUCUGUGGAUGGUUCAUGCUCAUCGGAGUCCUAGCCAUGGGCGCCACCAACAACUUCAUUGCAACGAACUUUGUUCUCGGAACCGCGCAGCUCAACUAUGGGUUCACGAUCGAACGCUGGCAUACUGUCUUGAUAGCCUACCUGGUCACUUUCAUCGCUAUGGGAUCGAACAUAUUCUUUCCUCAUAUCCUGAACAAGCUUUCGAAAGCUAUCCUCGCCUGGAAUAUGCUGUCCUUCGUUGUCUGCCUAGCGACCAUACUGGCGACCAACGACCACAAACAGUCCCCAGAGUUCGUCUUCGGUGAUUUCCAGAACUUCACGGGCUGGAAGUCAUCGUACGCCGUUGUCCUCGGUCUUCUUCAGAGCGCUUACGGCAUGUGCUGCUACGAUGCGCCAGCCCACAUGACGGAAGAGAUAAAGAACGCUCGCAAGCAGGCACCUCGCGCGAUCGUCAUGGCCGUCUACAUGGGUUUCAUCACAGGCUUCAUCUGGCUCAUCGCCUUGAGCUUCUGUAUCGGCGACCUCGACGCUACCGCGACCACUGCAACAGGCGUUCCCGUCAUCGAGAUCAUAUUCAACUCCACUGGGAGUGUCGCAGGAGCGUCGACUUUGUCGUCCAUGAUUUCAGUCAUCUGCCUGGUUGCCUCAAACUCGCUCAUGGCCGAAGGCUCGCGAUCGGUGUAUGCCUUUGCGCGUGACCAGGGCCUCCCCUUCUCUGAUGUGCUCAGCAAGGUUUCCACCAGACGUGUUCCGGUGUACGCUGUCCUCCUCACCGGCGUAGUGCAGAUUGCAUUCAACUCGAUCUAUUUUGGAACAGUGACUGGCUUCAACACCAUUGUUGCCAUUGCCACUCAAGGUUUCUACCUCUCCUACGCCAUGCCACUGCUUGCACGCAUUAUCGCACACUUCUCCGGUAAGAAGACAAGACUCGAAGGAACGUACUCGCUCGGCCGAUACGGCAUUGUGUUGAAUAUCAUCGGCUUUCUGUUCCUGGCUUUUAUGUGCAUCAUCUCGAACUUCCCAAGCGCCACACCGGUGGACAGCGAGAAUAUGAACUAUACUUCGGCAGCGACAGGGCUGAUCAUGUUGCUGAGCGCUAUCUUUUGGCUCACGGCUGGGAGGCACAAGUUCACGGGACCUGAGAGCGGACAUCUCCUUGAGUCUGUAGCAUCAUAA